UAUGAGUGGAGUAACAGAAAAUACAGAUUGAAGAUCACUUAAAAAUCAGAUCCAAAAGUACCACACCAAAAAAAUAAAAAUUGAUCAGAAACUUUCAAAGUCAAGCUCACUAAUCUCUGAUCCGGUCAAACCCUCAACUAAACUAUGCCAUGAACAAAUGCUACACUUUUAGAUUUCAUCAUCUCCUAUUGUCGUCGUUGUCGUUGUCGUCGCCGAAACCAUGAAUAAUAGCAGCACCACUACCACCAACAGCGUCACCGUCAACGGCGGCGUAUCUUCUCCCGCCACCACCGGACUCAAAGCCUACUUUAAAACUCCUGAAGGCCGUUACACUCUUCAUUCCGAGAAGUCUCAUCCUUCUACUCUUCUCCAUUAUUCUCACGGCAAAACCGUUUCUCAGGUAACAUUAGCUAAUCUCAAGGAAAAAACAGCUUCAUCAACACCCACAUCAAGCUUAGGUUAUAGUGCAAGUAGUAGCGUAAGGUCAGCUGCUGCAAAGUUGUUAGGCUCGAAUAAUGGAGGGCGAGCUCUUAGUUUUGUAGGAGUUAAUGGAGCUAAUAAAGCUGUUGCUGCGGCUACAAAAACUGCUACACUUGGAAGCUCCAGUAAUGGUAGUAGUUCGCCAAUCACCAAUUUUGAUGGUAAAGGAAUGUACAUAAUAUAUAAUGUGGGAGACACUUUGUAUAUUAGUGAUCUAAAUUCGCAGGAGAAGGAUCCUAUUAAAUCCAUACACUUUGCCAGUUCAAAUCCUGUUUGUCAUACCUUUAAUCCUGAAGCUAAGGAUGGCCAUGACUUACUGAUAGGGUUAAACUCUGGAGAUGUGUACACAGUAUCCUUAAGACAGCAGUUGCAAGGUAUUGGAAAGAAGCUUGUUGGAGCACAUCACUAUAACAAAGAUGGCUCCAUUAAUAACAGCCGGUGUACCAGUGUAGCAUGGGUUCCUCAAGUCAAUGGUUUCUUUGUUGUUGCUCAUGCUGAUGGAAACGUGUAUGUGUAUGAGAAGGGAAAGGAUGCUACUGUUGAUUCGUCUUUCCCACUCAUAAAGGAUCCGACUCUAUUUUCUAUUGCACAUGCAAAAUCUAGCAAGAGCAAUCCUAUUUCUAGAUGGCAUAUAUGUCAAGGUUCAAUCAAUAGAAUGGCAUUCUCUGUUGAUGGCACUCAUUUGGCUGUUGUUGGGAGAGAUGGCUUUUUAAGAGUUUUUGACUACCAGAAAGAACAGCUAGUAUGUGGAGGAAAAAGUUAUUAUGGUGCUAUUCUCUGUUGUGCAUGGAGCAUGGAUGGUAAAUAUAUUUUGACUGGUGGUGAGGAUGAUCUAGUUCAACUUUGGAGCAUGGAAGAUCGCAAAGUUAUAGCCUGGGGUGAGGGGCACAAUUCAUGGGUGAGUGGAGUUGCUUUUGAUCCAUAUUGGUCACCCCCAUCGUCAGAUAGCACUGGAGAAAAUGUGAUGUAUCGGUUUGGCUCUGUUGGUCAGGACGCUCAAUUACUCUUAUGGGAUUUUUCGAUGGAUGAAAUUGUAGUGCCUCUUCGUCGUUGUCCACCAGGUGGCUCACCCACAUACAACGCUGGAAGUCAAUCAGCACAAUGGGAUAGUGUGGUUCCGUUGGGCUCUUUACAGCCUGCUCCAAGUAUGCGAGAUGUCCCAAAGCUUUCUCCACUUGUUGCUCAUCGUGUGUAUACUGAUCCUUUGUCAGACUUGGUCUUCACACAGCACUCCAUCCUUACAGCAUGCAGAGAGGGGCAAGUAAAAGUUUGGAAGAGACCUGGGUCUUCUGAAACCAUAUUAGGCAACCCAGAAACUGCAAGUGUGAUAGAAAAGCACCCAAUACCAAGUGCCAGUGGAUCUGAUUGCAAAUGAGCGUAAGAGUGGGCAUUUCCAAUUGCAUUUUUGAGUCUCAAAUUGCAGAUUUGAUGGUAGCCAUAUUUAUUAGCAUAUGCUUAAUCGGCAUCAUACACCGUCUAAGCUGGUGCCACGGAGUUAAUCCACUCAAUUUUCUGUAUUUAGUAUAAAUGUUGAAUGUUGCGAAGGUUUACUAGUUUGCCCUUAGAUGUCGAAGGAGCUUAAGUGCAUAAUCGCUAGUUAUUUAGCUUCACCUGGGUUAUUAACUGUAUAGGUCCAAAUAAUAGAGUUUCCUUGAUAUUAGUUAGAAAUCCCGAUUGUUUAGUAUGAUUUGGCUGUAGCCUUGUAAUCAGAGUACUCUAACCUAUUGCUGUAUACUAAUUACUAAGUACAUCGAUCCUUGAAAUGGCUUUAUUCUAUGAUUCAGUGUGUUCUAUAAA